GGAAAUUAAUGAAGAGGAGAAGAUAUUAUAAUAAAGAUUUAACAAGUUUCCUUCAAAUCUUUCAAUCCUUUUGAGAAUUCAAAGAAAAAAAUAGAAAUCUAAAGGGUUUUUUAGCUAAUUAGGGUUUUGUUUAAUUUGGAUGCAUAUAUUUACAAGGGAAAUAUAUAUGACAAAGUGUGGAUAGAAAGCAACACAAAGUAAAGUUGUUCUCUUUCCUAAUUCUCUUUUCUCUUUUUCCUUUUUUUUUUUUUUUUUUUUCAGGUGGGUUUGAUUCUCUUUGAAAGCAUAAACUGAAGAAAAGGUGAUAUAUUUUUACAAGAGAAAUUAUUUCUUGUAGCAAAUGAUGAGUGGGAACCCUAGUAAUUGGUGGAACAUGUUUCCACCUAAUUCUCCUCAGUUUGUUGUUGGAUCAUCUUCACUUCCUUUGAGUUCCAUGGCUUAUCAUCAUCAUCAAGAUCACAAUUCACAAUCAUGGAGCCAACUAAUUUUAGGUGGAUUGCAAGAUGGGGAUCUUGAUCAAGAUAGGUUGGGUUUGAAUAAUCAAUUUCAACCAAAAAAGUUGGAAAAUUUGGAGGGGAAAAUAUUGAUUCCAUUUUCAAGAUUUGGAGUUGAUGAUCAUGAUGAUAAUGAUAAUCAUGAUCAUGAGCUGAAGCAAGAAAUUAGUUGUUCACAAAAUAGUAAGAGUUUGGGAUUUUUAUGGAAUAAUAAUAAUGAAAAAGAAUUAUCAUCAUCAUCUUCUUCUUCAUCAGCUUUAAUAAGAACAAGACCACCUACUACUACUACUUCUUCUUCCAAAUCUUCUGUCAAUAGUAAUAAUGCUAUUUUGGACUUCUCUUUCAACAAACUUCAUUCCAAAAAUCAAAUCCUUGAUCACAAUUAUUCAUCUGAGUGUGCUAGCACAGCCACCACUGGGGGAGUGUGGAAGAAGGCUAGGGUUCAGCCCACUUCCGGCCAGCCUCCGAUAAAGGUGAGAAAGGAGAAGGUAGGGGACAGAAUCACAACUCUCCAUCAGCUGGUUUCUCCAUUUGGAAAGACUGACACUGCUUCUGUCUUGUCAGAGGCUAUUGGGUAUGUGAGAUUCCUUCAGAGUCAAAUUGAGGCACUUAUCUCUCCAUAUUUGGGCAAUUCAUCAAAAUCCACAAAGAAAAAGAAGCAACUUAGAACACUAAAUGAUGGGAGAAAUUAUUUGAGAGAAGUUGAAGGUGAAAAUAAUGGAAUUAGUUGUGUAUUUGAUGAAGACCCUGGUCAGCUCUUGAAUGACAAUAGCCUGAAAAGAAAACUAGCUCCUUCCCAGGAGGAAGAAGAAGAAGAAGCAAAGGACCUGAGGGGUAGAGGGCUUUGUUUAGUACCUGUAUCUUGUACACAACAUGUACAAAGUGACAUUAAUGGAGCUGAUUAUUGGGCUCAAGCUUACAAUGGCACUUUCUAAGUCAUCUGGUCUUUAACCUACCCCAAAUAUUGGUUCUAUCCAUAUAUUCUCCAUAUUAAUUAAUUAGGAGUUAAUGCUAAUUUUUUUCCUUUUCUUUUGAAUAAACACGUUUAAAUUCUUCUUCCAUCUCUUACCUAUUUUUGUGAUAAAGUGUAAUUGGUGAAUCUAAAUCACCUAAAUUUCUGUCACAUUUUUCUUUGCUUAGUUUAGAUUAUAAGAGAUAAUAUAUUUUUAAUGUUUGAGACAACCAACAUCUUCAUAUC